UUCGGCUAACUGUAUCUUGAACAAUCUCGGUAAUAGUGACGGGCUCGACCUCGGCAGGUUCUUCGGGGGGAGGGUUAGAGUCUUUUUGGGUUGUAAUUUCAGGCUCGAUGGCAGAAUCAGGUUGAGUGGUGACAGUCUCUUCGUUUUUGACAGCCGGGGAAGGCGAGGCGGGAGCUGGCGAAGUGGCUUUCUCUGGAGCUGCUACCGGCGCAUCGUCCAUAGCGACAUCAUCGUGUUUCUCUGUCCCCGCUUCUGGAUUCGCAUCUUGAACAGGUUCCGGCUCGUCGGCGGGGCUUUCGUCCUGUGCUGUUUGGUCGGCCGCUGCAGUUUGCCCUUCCUCGUCGUCCACCAAACGGGCAACAAGCGCAGCCUUCAGACCGGUAGUGGCAAGCUUGCGGCGCUUCAGCUCUGCCCGCAGCUGCGUAACGGUCAUUUUCUCGAAUUCGGUCGCCAUUGUUGGGGUUGGAUGGGCGUUGGCAACUAGUCGAGUGUUGCAUGUAUUCGCAUACCGUUCGGUACUUCCAGACAAAAAGUUGCAAGCAUCAAAAAGUCGCCCGACGCGAAAAUAGGAACAGGGAUUGCUAGCGUGAGUGGAAGGGGCGCACGGGCCACUUCUGAGGGUCGGCAUUUGGCUUGGAAGGUGGGAACUUGGGAAGCUGUUUACCCCUGCACCUGGUCAUUGCCAGGUACCCCCCACCUUGACUUAUACAAUUGAUGGAGCUAUCCGCUGUUCGACAUGUGUUUCCAACGUCAACUCAUGUUUGCCUCCAUGAUCAUGUCUAUGAGAGAGUGUGUUUCAAGACAAACUGCCAGUAUGAAUGGUGAACUACUGCAGGAGUUCAACCACCUGCACCAGAUGUCCCGUCCUUACCUUGAACCCCAACUUCAACCCCCACGUUGGCCUCUCUACAUUCAAUCCUCUGAGCCGCUGGGCCAGCUGCCGUUUAUUAGCAGAUUGGGCAUCCCUUUCGCUGGCUGCCUUAUGUCGUUGGGAAGUGUGAUGAUGUAAGUGAUGGCUUACUGAGGCCAGACAGGUACGAAUCAGGGGCACAAUUGCCUGUUCCCUUGAAGAAUUGAAUCCCAAUUCGUGCUUCCACAUGGCCUUGCGCCAGCCUGUCAGUGACUUCUGGCGUUGGGCCACGACGGGCUACAUGAUUUGCACACAUGAGCCGCCGAAUGCAGCUGAGAUGAAAAUCAUCUUGGUCAUCCGCCGGAGGAAUUCCGUUUACCGAUAUAACGUUCCGGAGGGGCCCAACUGAAGCUCGGUUCUUGCAAUUGGGAAGGUGGCUGCUACUCAUCUGCUUCCGGAAGUUGCCUUGCACACCUAGACACAAACCAUCACAUUGUCCAUUGUUUCCCGCUCGUUAUGGGAGCAGCCUCACUUUUGGAACGGAAAAGGCCAUUCACUUGAUCUGUUGUUCCCACGUUGUUCCCCAUUUACAGCCCACUUCUCCUCCAUUCUCUCCCGCGCUUUCCACAAAGACAUUGAUUGUCGAGCUUCCAGAAAGAAUUCAAGCUUUACAAGUCGCAACCAACACAAACUCAAGCCACCAAAACCAUCGUCAAUUGUGCCCGCCACCAUUUCAGAACCUUCCCUCCAUCACGGAAUUCGAGGAAAUACACGACAGGCCCUUUGAUAUCUCAAUUACUUGACACUAUUCAGAGAUAUUUCGGCCUCGAAAAGUCGUAGUGGUCGCGAUGGGGCCCUCCGGUGCGCUCUCAUCGCUGCCAAAGCUCAUGGCAAGCGUCGGGUCGUGGGUUGAGUCAGUCAAGUCCUCCCCACCUCUGCCCCUGAGCCCACCACCCACAUCCGAAUAUGGCGACAGAUAUGAGGAAGACUCCCGUCUUCAAGAGUGCAUUGAGGAGGAUAUCAAGCAAAGCAUUGAACGAGACGACGAUGGCGAUGUUGAUAUGACCGACUCGGAAGGUUCUACACCACCCAGUUCUGACCCACGAACCCCCGAGUCUCGUCACCUUCUACGCGGUGGUUACCCAAAGCACCGACAACCAUCCUUUGGUCAAUACAGCCCAACCUCCAGACUGGCUGUGAUCCAGGAGGAUGAGCCUCUGGAGAUCCAUGAAGAUGGCUACGACACAAGCAGCGACUGGGAUGACUAUGGCACCAUUCCUCAGAUCAUUGGCGAUUAUGAGGAAGGCGUCAGUCGGUUGGAAGGCUACGAUGACUGGAACGAAGAUCAAAAGAAGGUCCACAAGCUCAUCUAUCUGCGUGGGUUGCAUCCCAUGAUUCCAUCCAACUGGAAAAUCUGCUUCAAGAUGUGGGGCAUCAAUCAGCCUCAUCUUGACGAUGUUUUCACUCCUUCGGAUUGCGAGAAGCGUGUGGUGAUUCAUGCCUACAAGGGCAUUCACGCAGCUGGCAAGGCACUCGAGAGCCUCUUUUACCUCUCCCAGCACGUCACCGACUACGAGGAGCUCGGCCUCCAGGACAAGGCGUCCGGUCUUAUUGUCAAGGCUAUUAAGAGUUACAUCAAAUGGUCGAUGCAGGAUGCCAGCAUGACUCCCCGCAAGGAACUCUCAAUUGUUCUGGUGCACGACUACACUGCGCGGCUACUCAACAUGCCAAUUUCUCGAGACAACUCUAUGGGGGUUGAUCACGAUUCUUUUGCCUAUGAUAGCGACGAAGAGGGGAGCAGCUACGACAGAGAGAUUGAAGAUGCCAUGUCUCGCAGUAUCGAGAGGAGGUUGAGAGCUCUGGGGCAACGAUGGCGCGAGGUUCUUGCGAGGGGCAACAGGUUUGUCUCCAAGCCACCGACGCUUUACCAGUUUUCUGUCAUUCAGCACAUGGUCAUGCUGAGCAGCUUUGAUCCGUCGUCGUCAAAGAACCCGAUUGUCAUUCUGCAUCAGGUCCCGAUGAAUGAUCGAGGGCAGUGGCUUUGGAAUGCGCUGUCCAUUGCAAUUCCUGUUCACUUGGCGAGGGAAGCGAUGAUUGAUCUGCUGAAUGUCGAGGGAGUGAUGGCGGAGUUAUCCGAGUCUGAUGAUCCAGACUUGUAGACUGCUUUGGCGGUCGAUUGCGAAUACUGGUUUUGGGGGUAUUAUGACUUGAUGAGUUUAUGGUCAUGGAAGGGACAUAGCGUUCAUGAGGUUAUUGCUGAUGAUUUUUCUUUUCUUUUCUCAUGUUUUUUUUUCUUCUGAUUUGUUGCCUUUGUCUUCGCAUCUUUGAUCUUGUUGUGUAGUAUAUAUAUACCCUGGGAGGAGUUGAUAUUCAUCAUUGUAUCAUCAGCCAUGUGUUUGCAGGACUGGGUGAUUAAUUUGUUUUUAAUGUCACUGUCAUAACCGAGGCAA